UCACUCGCAGGCAAGACGCUUUGCGUCGCUCCUCCGUUCUCCCCCGAUCGGCGACAUUUCCAGCAAUCCGGUCGUAACGCGAGCUGCGCGCGACGCGACGCAACCGCCCAUCCCCUGCGGCAGGCCGGCAGUCCACUACCUCCUCCCACCCCCCUCCCUCGGGCUCCCCCGAUCCAAUCCGUCCCCGCCACCAGCGCGGCCGCCGCGACGGGGCCCGACGCCCGGCCGAUCUCCCGCCACCGCCAGCGGCCCCGGUGAGUGAGCCCGCCCCACCACGAUCGGUUCCAUUGACCGGCCCGCGGUUUGUUUCACCCUUCGCCCUCCCCAUUCCUUCGGGACUCUGCUGGGUGGUGUGCGGGCGCUCGGCUGGUGUAUCCGCGACGUGGAUCGCCGCCUGCGCUUGUCUCGGGCACGGAAUGGUUUGACCGGACGUGAGGCGUGGUCAGUGGUUAGUGCUCGCUGGAUGCCGGGAAUCUGAAAAUGAUACGGUUUUAGAUGUAAGGGAUAAGGCGCAGCGUCCAUAACAGCAGCAACCAUAAAUUCAUAAUUCGGCCGUAUUGCGAAUCUGUUGAUGGCCUGCGCUUUCUUCCUUCCGUAUUUGAUUAGCGAGAUGCUCACAUAUGUUUUACCAUUGCCUACCACAAACACUUCUAUAGUUCUAUGAUGAGUGCUAUUGGUGUGCCACCCAUGGAAUUUGUUGACUCGUCUGAAACAGCUAUUGCUAUCGUAGCUUUCAAUGCAGUUGCCUUUAAGUGUUGUUAAAGAGACGUAGAAUGCAUCUUGGAUGCUUUGUUGUCUGUAUAUGUUCGACAAAGUUGAUUUUAGGCAUGAAUACUAAAUUUGCCUCACUUGCUUGAUAUAAAUAUUUUUUAUUGGCCAAACAAGAGCCAGAUUACUUUCAGGUGGGUGCUUUUCCCUUUGUUGAUUUCGUAAACUAAGAACUGAGGGAGAUUUUCCGCAAAACAUACACAUCUGGGUUUUAGACAUUGAAAAUGAGAUGACACAGCCAUGCUCAAAAUGAAUUUGUUUGCACCAUGGAGGAUUCAUAAUCCUAUUGGCACUAUUUGAAUGGCCCUUAUCACACUUACAGCUCAGUUGUUUUAUGAGGAAUGUAAUGUACAAGGUUCUUCCUGGAAAGGUAUGAUCCUGGCAUUUCCUUGAGAAAAGGAGCAAGUGAGCAAAAAUGGCCUCGAGGGCUAUCAUCAGGAGGCGGAAGGACAUUCUCCAGCACACUAAUGUGCCUAUUUUAUCCUCAGCAUCCACUAGCACAACUGGGCAAGGAAAAUUUGGAUGUGAGGUUGAUCAGAGAUAUGAAUGUUUGUUUUCAGAGGACAGCUUAGCUCAUUCUAAUCAUGCUAAGGUGCAGCAUACUUUGAGUAAGCAAAAUCUUUAUGGCCUCAGUAGUGGUUUCACAUGUCGUCCAACUUUUGGGGUUUCUCCUCCCGGUUAUGGCUCUAGAGCACAAAACUUUGUGUUCCCCUUGGGAGUCAGGUGUUUCCUGCAGUCAGUCCGCACCACAUCAAACACAACUGGGCAACCUCAAGUUAGUAUUAUGGGCAAGCAGAGUGAGGAUGAUAAGGAAAAGCAACAAAAAAAGGAGGCGUCCCCGGAAGAAUGUGAUCAGGCAGUGGAAGGAUUAAGAACUGCAAAAGCAAAGGCAAAAGCUAAGCUGGAGGAAGUGCAAAAGACUGACCAAUCAAUCAUACAGAAGUUCUGGGCAAAGCUUCUGGGUAUUGGUCCUGCUUUGCGACUUAUUGCUUCAAUGAGCAGAGCUGAUUGGGCUGCAAAUUUGAAGCAUUGGAAGGAUGAAUUUGUUUCUACACUGCAGCAUUAUUGGCUGGGCACUAAGCUACUCUGGGCAGAUGUUAGAAUAUCAUCAAGACUGUUAGUGAAACUUGCUAGUGGAAAAAGCCUUACAAGGCGAGAGAGGCAACAGCUCACACGUACAACAGCAGAUCUGUUCAGGCUAGUACCUUUUGCUGUGUUUAUUAUUGUUCCGUUCAUGGAACUCUUGCUGCCAGUGUUCCUCAAGUUGUUCCCAAACAUGCUGCCAUCCACUUUCCAGGACAAGAUGAAAGAAGAGGAGGCACUAAAAAGGAAACUGAAAGCAAGGAUGGAAUGUGCAAAAUUUUUACAAGACACUGCUAAAGAAAUGGCAAAGGAAGUUCAAACAUCACGUAGUGGAGAAAUGAAACAGACCGCUGAAGAUCUGGAUGAGUUCUUGAAUAAGGUUAGGAAAGGUGGGCAUGUCUCCAAUGAAGAAAUUUUGAACUUUGCAAAGCUAUUUAAUGACGAGCUGACUUUGGAUAACAUGAGCAGACCUCGGCUGGUAAAUAUGUGUAAAUACAUGGGGAUCCAACCUUUUGGUACAGACCACUACUUGCGAUUCAUGCUUCGGAAGAAGCUACAAGACAUUAAGAAUGAUGACAAGAUGAUUCAAGCUGAGGGUGUGGAGUCUCUUUCUGAAUAUGAGCUUCGACAAGCUUGUCGUGAACGUGGCCACCUUGGUUUGUUGUCAACAGAGGAGAUGCGCCAACAGCUUAGAGACUGGUUGGAUCUAUCACUCAAUCAUUCUGUGCCGUCAUCUCUUCUAAUACUCUCGAGAGCUUUUACCGUGUCUGGGAGAAUGAAACCUGAGGAGGCUGUUGUAGCAACCUUAUCUUCUCUGCCAGAUGAAGUUGUCGAUACAGUUGGGACUGUACUGCCUUCUGAGGAUUCUGUUUCAGAGAGGAAAAGAAAAUUAGAAUUUCUGGAGAUGCAAGAGGAACUUAUCAAGGAAGAGGAGAAAAAGAAAGAGAAAGAAGAGAAGGCAAAACUGGAGGAGCCAAAGGCUAUUGAAGAAGAUUUGGCUCUGAAGGAAAUGACCGAGCCUACUGCUAGGGAGGAAGAGGAACUAAAGAAAGCAAAAAUGCAUGACAAGAAAGAGCAGCUUUGUAAUAUCAGUCAAGCAUUGGCUGUGCUUGCAUCUGCUUCAUCUGUUACCAAGGAGCGCCAGGAGUUUUUAAGCCUUGUGAACAAGGAGAUAGAACUAUAUAACAACAUGCUUGCAAAGGAGGGUACAGAUGGUGAAGAAGAAGCCAGGAGAGCAUACAGGGCUGCUAGGGAGGAAUCAGACCAUGCUGCAGAAGCAGCAGUAGGGGAAAAGGUCUCUUCAGCAUUGGUAGAUAGGGUUGAUGCUAUGCUUCAAAAGUUAGAAAAGGAGAUUGAUGAUGUUGAUGCUCGAAUUGGCAAUCGCUGGCAGCUGCUGGAUAGGGACCGCGAUGGCAAAGUGACUCCUGAAGAGGUAACAGCAGCAGCAAAUUAUCUCAAAGACACCAUAGGGACGGAGGGUGUCCAAGAGCUUAUCAGCAAUCUUUCCAAAGACAACGAGGGGAAUAUCCUUGUGGAAGACAUUGUGAAGCUGGCAUCACAAACAGAGGAAAACAAUGAUCAUGAAGAAGCGCCACGAUGAUGUGAACAGCAGUCACAUUCUUGGCUGUUAGAACUCAGCGGUCCACUCAUUUCGAGGGAACUUAACCCAGUGAGCUCAUCUGCUCGUGGUUCCAUUCGUAGAUCAAAAGGCAGGACGGUCAUUCUUUUUGUUCCGACUGGCUGCUGCGGAGAAAGUUUUGUCCAGUAGCAUAGCUUGCUGUUACUGUCUGGCAUUACAUCCAUACAGUUUUUUUUAUAUUAACAUACAUUCACAGUUAGCACCGGUGCUCCCGAUCACCAGGUGAAGUUUAAAACCGAGGUAAAAUGGCAACUGAAAUUUAGAACAGUUGCCCUGGAAAUGGGAAUAAGCUAGUGGAGCGGUCCGAUCUUUUUCUCUGUAAUAUGAAUAAAAGUAUAUGCACUGAAUAAGCUUAACUUUAUUGCUUUUUGAAUGAGAAUGGAUUAGUUUUGCAGUCUCA